UACAGUUUCUGUAUGGUGCUGUCCGACUCCAAGACGCUGAUGCAGCCCCCUAAGUACCCCAGCCAAACCCUCCAGUACGCCAUCAAACCAGCUGGGUCGAAAUUGGAUGAUGUAGAGGUCACCAGAUUGCUACAUCAGAAACAAUUACAUCUAGAGAAAAACACUGUAGUAUGGACAUCACCUCGAGGAUUUCUGUCGCUUAGCAACCAAUCCCUGGCUUUACGACUCUCCGUAUUAGUAUCGUCCUUGUCUCCACUCCGGAUAUACCUCCACCCCACAGGGUUACGUCUGGGACACCAGUCCCACCACAAGGUAAGGAUCUCCCCACCCUUAUUACCAUACCUCCACCCCACAGGGUUACGUCUCGGACACCAGUCCCACCACAAGGUAAGGAUCUCCCCACCCUUAUUACCAUACCUCCACCUCACAGGGUUACGUCUCGGACACCAGUCCCACCACAAGGUAAGGAUCUCCCCACCCUUAUUACCAAACCUCCACCCCACAGGGUUACGUCUCGGACACCAGUCCCACCACAAGGUAGGGAUCUCCCCACCCUUAUUACCAUACCUCCACCCCACAGGGUUACGUCUGGGACACCAGUCCCACCACAAGGUAGGGAUCUCCCCACCCUUAUUACCAUACCUCCACCCCACAGGGUUACGUCUGGGACACCAGUCCCACCACAAGGUAAGGAUCUCCCCACCCUUAUUACCAUACCUCCACCCCACAGGGUUACGUCUCGGACACCAGUCCCACCACAAAGUAGGGAUCUCCCCACCCUUAUUACCAUACCUCCACCCCACAGGGUUACGUCUGGGACACCAGUCCCACCACAAGGUAGGGAUCUCCCCACCCUUAUUACCAUACCUCCACCCCACAGGGUUACGUCUCGGACACCAGUCCCACCACAAGGUAAGGAUCUCCCCACCCUUAUUACCAUACCUCCACCCCACAGGGUUACGUCUCGGACACCAGUCCCACCACAAGGUAGGGAUCUCCCCACCCUUAUUACCAAACCUCCACCCCACAGGGUUACGUCUCGGACACCAGUCCCACCACAAGGUAGGGAUCUCCCCACCCUUAUUACCAUACCUCCACCCCACAGGGUUACGUCUGGGACACCAGUCCCACCACAAGGUAGGGAUCUCCCCACCCUUAUUACCAAACCUCCACCCCACAGGGUUACGUCUGGGACACCAGUCCCACCACAAGGUAAGGAUCUCCCCACCCUUAUUACCUCCACCCCACAGGGUUACGUCUCGGACACCAGUCAGACCACAAGGUAGGGAUCUCCCCACCCUUAUUACCAUACCUCCACCCCACAGGGUUACGUCUCGGACACCAGUCACACCACAAGGUAGGGAUCUCCCCACCCUUAUUACCAUACCUCCACCCCACAGGGUUACGUCUCGGACACCAGUCCCACCACAAGGUAAGGAUCUCCCCACCCUUAUUACCAUACCUCCACCCCACAGGGUUACGUCUGGGACACCAGUCCCACCACAAGGUAAGGAUCUCCCCACCCUUAUUACCAUACCUCCACCCCACAGGGUUACGUCUCGGGCACCAGUCCCACCACAAGGUAGGGAUCUCCCCACCCUUAUUACCAUACCUCCACCCCACAGGGUUACGUCUCGGACACCAGUCCCACCACAAGGUAGGGAUCUCCCCACCCUUAUUACCUCCACCCCACAGGGUUACGUCUCGGACACCAGUCCCCACCACAAGGGUUACGUCUCGGGCACCAGUCCCACCACAAGGUAG